AUGAAUAGAAUUUUUAAAAUAAGAUUUAGGAAGAAGACUUGCAGUUCACGGAGAUAUUUUCGAGGAAUUUUUGUCUGUCUGGUGGUUGCAAGCAGCAUACUCAUUUUGAUUUUCUUGUUCGCUUUGCACAUUCGCAAACCAGCUGUGUUCACGCUUUACACAUGCCUGGGUUCAGAAAACCCUGCAGCAGGAUUGUCAGUUUCAAACUACGAGGCGUUUUUACAAGGACAUCUUUGUAAACACAACUUUAACGAUAGUGUCUUAAAUAAGCAUCGACUGUUAGAUUUGGAAGGGGAUGAUGUUUUGAUUUAUCUGCACAUACAAAAGACAGGAGGUGGUUCUUUUGGUCGGCAUCUAGUUCACAACCUAGACGUGAAGUUUCCUUGUAAGUGUUUACCUGGGAUUAAGAAGUGUGACUGUUUGACGAAGGCUAGGAGACAUUGGUUGUUCAGUCGUCAUGCUACUGGGUGGAUGUGUGGUCUUCAUGCAGACUGGACAGAGCUGGCCGACUGCAUUGAUGUGUGGUUUCAACACAACGAUGCAAAGUCAAGAAAACAUCGAAUCUACCAUUACUUGACUUUUCUUCGAAAUCCAGUGCAUCGAUUUCUGAGCGAGUGGCAGCAUGUGCAUAGAGGUGCUACAUGGAAAGCUGCAAGACUUCAUUGCAAUGGAAAAGGUGCAUCACUGGACGAAGUUCCAUUCUGUUUUAGUGGUGUCAAUUGGUCCGGGGUUUCACUGGAUGAGUUUCUGUCUUGCAAACACAACUUGGCCUUCAACCGCAUGACCCGAAUGCUGGCAAAUUUAUCAAAAGUUAACUGCUACAACCACACAGGGCUCAGCCAGGAGCAGGUUGAUCAGAUCCUCCUCCAAAGUGCCAAGGAAAACCUCUUAGAUUUUGCAUUUUUUGGGAUUUUGGAAGAACAACGAAAGACACAGUUCCUGUUCGAGAACAACUUGGGCAUCAAAUUUAUCACUGACUUCCAACAGAAAGAUGAGACUCAUGCAUCCCAUGUAGAAAUUUCUGAUGAAAUGAUGCAGAGAGUUCUAGAAAAAAAUCGGGUGGACAUUGAACUCUACCAGUAUGCCAAGGAUUUGUUUUUACAACGUGUGGUGUAUACGGAAAAGAGACUAGGGCAGACUGUUCAAGAGUACUUCAACCACGCACAAGAUGCCUUAGAAAACUCUGGGGCUGAUAACAAGAACGUGAGAAAGAUUCAGCAUGAGGAUGAGUAUGAUAAUGAAGAAGAGUAUGUUGAGGAAGUGAAUGUUUAUCCAGGUAAAGGUAAUAUACAAGCAAUUAGAUGA